UUCUACGUUGACAAAUCUGGACUAAAUUAAAAACCUAGCAAGUUCGGUUUAUAAUUAAAUGUAUAAAUAUGAAAGAAAUAUUGAGCUGUGUUAUCUUUAAAAUACAACCGUACUGUGCUAGUUUAAUUCGGAUAGUUUGAGGGUUAUCGUUAACAUCUACUGUUCAUGCAGGUGUCUCUUAAGAUUACUGUUUAAAACUGACGGCUUACUUAUCAACAAGCAUUCGUAUCCGUAAGUGGGAACCUUCAAGCAUGAAAGAGAUAGAAUGGUCAUCGAUGCGUUAUGAUCUCAAAACCGCUCUCGAUAUAGUGGACCUUCCUUGUGACGUCAAGACCACGCGAUAUCUGCGCAACAAACGCACUACGCAGACAGAAUGUCAAAUCAAAUCUCAACUUGACGCCGGAACUGUCAUCAGACUUGAGAAGCGAUUAAGGGUUUACUAUGUAAAAGCGAGGGUUCUGAAACUGGACAAACGUCACGUGAUAAAUAAAGCUCCGGAGUUUGUAACCAAACACAAGUUGCACGUGGGGAAGGAGAUUUUGAUCCCCUUGCAGGGUAGAACAAGGGUUAGGCUUGUUGAUAAGACAGGGGAGAGGCUGUACCAUACUGUUAGAGAGGUGGCUGAGGACUUCCCUUCCUAUGUGCGGGCCGAGCAGGACACCGUGUGUGUGGCCCCAGGGAGCCGUGCUUGCGAGGUGGUAACUUCCGGCACAGUUCUCCAGCUGGACCGGGUCACCCUAACCAGCCAUUCCGUCCGUGGGUUCCGUGAGACGUUCCUUAUCUGCAGGUGCGUGCAAACUAAAAGGGAACUCGCCUUCCGGUUAAUAUCCACCGUCUGUUUCCGUAAAGUACCUGACCGGACCAAAUAUUUCCUCCAGGAUUUUAUAGAGCAUAUGCCAUUGCCACAAGUUGUUGAAGUGGUUGAUGUGAUUGUAAGUGAUGUUAUACCGGUGUCGGACGAAGAUAAGGCUGAUCUUUUAGCCAUGCUUGGGGGACCUCUCGAACUUAUAUCUCUGCAAUUUAAGGAUUUUAUUGUCGGCUUUGACCACGAGAGCGAAAACAUCAUUGCAAUUCCUGAACAUGGCGACUUUUUAGAAUCAGCUUUAGUGAACAUACCAAUUAACGACGAUGUGUUCCUGGAUACUCAGCCAUCUGGAGACAAUGACUCCGAUGGAGAACAAUCAAGUAGUUACUGUUAUGAGUCGACCCUCGCCAAACUAUAUUUGUUGUACGCGUACUCUAGUUAUCCAAUUCUUUUAAAUAAGCGGACCUCAAACGGGGAACUAGCAGAAGAUCCUGGCACAUCGCAACAGGACCAAGGUUCAGAAGAUCUUGGCACAUCACGACAUGACAAAGGUUCAGAAGAUCCUGGCACAUCGCAACAGGACCAAAGUUCAGAAGAUCCUGGCACAUCGCAACAGGACCUAGGUUCAGAAGAUCCUGGCACAUCGCAACAUGACCAAGACAUGCACGCGUCCAUGAAGCACACGUUAUCCGCACCAGUUGUAGGUGGCACCCAGGGUAAAGGGCAGGUCUGUAUAGAGGAUUACAGACAACGCGUCUCGUCCGCUGGAGAUGCAGAAGGUCAUAUUGCAGAUUCCACGAUGCAGGCAGGUGGAUUGCGAUCUUAUCUUCUAAAUCUAAGCAGGAGAAUGAAGGUGACAGCUGUGCAAAAAUUGUUCAGAACAGGUUCCUCACAGGCAAGGUUUGAAGAACAGGCAAAUAAACUAGCAAAAAGUAGUCCCGACCUGAGCCACGACAGCUGUAAAGAGGUUAACAAAGAAACUAGUUCCAAUUUUGUUUGUUACUUAAAUUAUACACCAGGUUCUGUAGAUAACGGUGAAUUAAAGUCUGCUGAUAAAGAAAAUGAUAACAAACCACUCGAAAUUGGAAUGUAUUCAAACGGUUGUGUUAAUGAACGUGAAAGACCAUGUGAAAAAGGCAAGACGUCGGAUAAUGCGCUUGGUGGCGUUAAACGCGCACGAACAACGACUGACACAGUCGAGUAUGCCACGUUAGAUUUCACAGAAGACAUACCUGGUGCCGUGCAUUUCUGUGAUAUAUGUAAGAGAAACCUUACAUAAGAAAACAUGGAAAAACAAUGGAAGUCAAAGUAAUAAAACAGAAGAUAUGUCCUAGUAUACAAACUCUGCUGUCAAGACGCAAUAAUGUUGCCAAUUGGCCUUUCAAACAUUAAUCGAAUAACUGUGGUCGAAAUGGUUCCCAGUACAUCGGAAUAUAAGCUUUAUAACUAUCAACAGGGAAAUGAGUGCAAGAAAUGACAAUAGUGCAAAACGAGUGUAUUUCAACAGUGGUAAUGUGUGUAGUACGACAACUAGCUUGGUGUUAUAUAUGAACGUCAUGAUAAGAAGCGUGCUUUACGUUCCUUUAUAAAUGUGGUUUGAGACCUUCCAUAACAGAUGUAUACAUCAAGCAAUAUAUGCAUGACACACGAAUCGACCUGAACUUCAUGUUAAUAUCAGUUGUGAACGUCAUGAACCUGAAUUUGAGAUUUAUGUGUAAUCAGCUAUCUAAUUGUAUUGACGUUCAAUACACGUUUUAGAUAUUUUUUGGACAAUAUUCAAUUAAACUAAAGGAUUUACA